UUGACACCAAUACACGUUCCACCUGUGUUUAUACAUAUGUGUAAUCGUUAAUAUCGUAUAUUAAAUGUAAAUCAGUGAACGGCACAUAAAAGCGGCUUGCGGCUGAUCUGGGAUUGAUUGGUUUUGUCUGCAGAAAUCAUGGCGUCCUGACGUCUUCGGCAGAGUUUUGUUAUCCAGUACUGAAGUAUGCAGAAAUGUGUUAGCCGGUGUGCAUUUACAGCGAGUUAUCUUCAAAUUUUAUGAUAUUAUCCACACUUUUCAUUCGAACUAUUAGACGUGUCUCAACUGUCGCCAUCAGAAUGAGUGAUCCGGCUGUAAAAAGAGUGGUGAGCGAUAUCAUUCGCUCUCCAGAAGACAAACGGGAGUAUCGAGGACUUGAGUUUACGAAUGGCCUGAAAGCCGUUCUCAUCAGUGACCCCACCACUGACAAAUCAUCAGCCGCGCUGGAUGUCCACAUAGGUUCUUUGUCAGAUCCCGAGAACAUUUCAGGACUGGCCCACUUCUGUGAGCACAUGCUGUUUCUGGGAACCGAGAAGUACCCCAAAGAAAACGAGUACAGUCAGUUUUUGAGCGAGCACGCCGGCAGCUCCAAUGCCUUCACUAGUGGAGAGCACACCAAUUACUAUUUCGACGUAUCCCAUGAACAUCUACAAGGGGCUUUGGACAGAUUUGCCCAGUUUUUCCUCUGUCCGCUGUUUGAUGAGAGCUGUAAGGACCGAGAGGUGAAUGCAGUGGAUUCAGAACAUGAGAAGAACCUCAUGAAUGACGCAUGGCGGCUGUUUCAGUUGGAGAAAGCCACUGGGAACCCCAAACAUCCUUUUAGCAAGUUUGGCACUGGCAAUAAGUUAACCCUUGAGACGAGACCAUCUCAACAGGGCAUUGAUAUCCGUGAGGAACUGCUCAAGUUUCACUCCACCUACUAUUCCUCCAAUCUGAUGGGAUUGUGUGUGCUGGGCAGAGAGUCGCUGGAUGAUUUGACAUCUAUGGUGGUGAAGCUUUUUGGUGAGGUCGAGAACAAGAACGUCCCCAUCCCAGAAUUCCCAUCACAUCCUUUCCAGGAGGAACACCUGAGGCAAUUUUAUAAAGUUGUACCAAUCAAGGACAUUAGAAACUUGUAUGUGACCUUCCCUAUCCCAGACCUGCAGAAGUACUACAAAUCAAAUCCAGGCCAUUAUCUGGGCCAUCUGAUUGGACAUGAGGGUCCAGGAAGUCUUUUGUCUGAGCUCAAAGCUAAAGGAUGGGUGAACACGCUAGUUGGAGGCCAGAAAGAAGGAGCCAGAGGAUUCAUGUUCUUCAUUAUUAAUGUGGACUUGACAGAAGAGGGGCUGUUGCAUGUCGAGGAUAUCAUCUUCCACAUGUUCCAGUAUAUUCAGAAGCUGCGGACAGAGGGCCCUCAAGAGUGGGUCUUUCAGGAGUGUAAGGAUUUGAACACUGUGGCUUUUAGAUUUAAGGAUAAGGAACGUCCUCGUGGAUACACGUCUAAAGUGGCUGGACUACUGCAUUACUAUCCGCUGGAGGCAGUUUUGGCUGCAGAAUAUUUGCUGGAGGAGUUUAGGCCAGACCUGAUUGAGAUGGUGCUUGAUAAACUGAGACCGGAGAAUGUCAGGGUAGCCGUUGUCUCCAAAUCAUUUGAAGGACAGACGGACCGGACUGAGGAGUGGUACGGUACGCAGUAUAAACAAGAAGCCAUUACUGAUGAGGCUAUUAAGAAAUGGCAAAAUGCAGACCUCAAUGGAAAGUUCAAACUGCCAAUGAAGAAUGAAUUCAUCCCAACAAACUUUGAGAUUUAUCCUCUAGAGAAGGAUUCCCCAUCUGUCCCCACUUUGAUAAAGGACACAGCAAUGAGCAAAGUUUGGUUCAAACAGGAUGACAAGUUUUUCCUACCCAAGGCUUGUUUAAACUUUGAGUUUUUCAGUCGCUACCUAUAUGCAGACCCGGUGCACUGCAACAUGACUUACCUGUUUCUCAGGUUGUUGAAGGAUGAUUUGAGAGAAUAUACAUAUGCAGCCCGCCUGGCAGGGUUGGUCUAUGACAUAGCCUCAGCAAUGAAUGCCAUCAUUCUGUCAGUCAAGGGUUAUAAUGACAAACAACACAUCCUGCUGAAGAAGAUCAUUGAGAAAAUGGCCACGUUUGAGAUCGAUGAGAAGCGUUUCGACAUCAUUAAGGAAGCGUACAUGAGGUCUCUGAAUAACUUCCGCGCUGAGCAGCCUCACCAGCACGCCAUGUAUUACCUGCGGCUGCUUAUGACAGAGGUGGCCUGGACUAAAGAUGAGCUCAGAGACGCUCUGGAUGAUGUGACGUUACCUCGUCUGAAGGCGUUCAUACCGCAGCUGUUGUCACGGUUACACAUUGAAGCCCUGCUGCAUGGCAACAUCACCAAACAGUCUGCUCUGGGCAUGAUGCAAAUGUUGGAGGACACUCUCAUUGAGCAUGCUCACACUAAACCCCUCCUACCGAGUCAGCUAAUUCGCUACAGGGAAGUGCAGGUACCUGAUGGUGGUUGGUAUGUUUACCAGCAGAGGAACGAGGUUCAUAAUAACUGUGGAAUCGAGAUUUACUAUCAGACGGACAUGCAGAACACCCACGAGAACAUGCUGCUGGAGCUCUUCUGUCAAAUCAUCUCUGAGCCAUGCUUCAACACGCUACGCACCAAAGAACAGCUGGGUUACAUAGUGUUCAGCGGCCCUCGCAGGGCCAAUGGAGUGCAGGGUCUGCGUUUCAUCAUCCAGUCUGAAAAAGCUCCUCACUACCUGGAGUCUCGAGUGGAAGCCUUCCUCAAGACUAUGGAGAAGAGCGUGGAGGAGAUGGGGGAGGAAGCGUUUCAGAAACACAUCCAGGCACUGGCUAUUCGCCGUCUUGACAAACCCAAGAAGCUGGCGGCUGAAUGCGCCAAGUACUGGGGAGAAAUCAUCUCCCAACAGUACAACUUUGACAGGGAUAAUAUUGAAGUUUCUUACCUGAAGACACUGGCAAAGGAACACAUUAUGCAGUUUUACAGGGACUUGUUGGCCAUUGAUGCCCCCAGAAGACACAAAGUGUCUGUGCAUGUGCUGUCCAGAGAGAUGGACUCCUGUCCACUGGUUGGAGAAUUUCCUGCUCAAAAUGAUGUCAAUCUGGCUCCCGCUCCCUCACUUCCUCAGCCAUCACUGGUUCAGGAUAUGACUGAAUUCAAAAGGAGUCUGCCGCUGUUCCCUCUCACCAAACCUCACAUCAAUUUCAUGGCUGCCAAACUGUGACCAGCAUCAUGGGAUUGUCAGAGACGCCCAAAUAUGGAGCCAGUAAUGCCGUUGUCUGUGCGUGAGUGUGUGUUUGUGUGUGCGUGUAAGCAGGCAGGCCACAACGGUGCCGCUUGCAACGUUUUUAGUUGUGCUCUGCGUCAGACAUGCACACCCGAUAUUUCAUAGAUACAAAGAAAACAUACAAUGUGUUUCAUGUUGCUUCUGUCAGGACAUUUGUAUCCCUAUAUAAUAUAGGAAUCACUCGCUGGCCACGACGACACUUUUUCAUUUGUUCGGGUUCAUUUCAAAAUGCUGUUUCGUUUCACUUACACCAAUGUUAACCAUGAGAAACCAUAUGGAGAGGCUGUUGUGUAAUUUAUCAAGAUAAGUCUCUCUUGAAAUGAAAUAUUGGCCUUAAGAUGAUUUUAAUCAGUGAUCAGGUUUUCUGGCACCUUUUUUAAAUUUUAAUUUAAACAAUUUGCUUUGAGUUGUUUUUAGUUUCUGUGCAUGUUGGCAGAGUUUUAUCUUUAAGGAUAGUGUUGUAAAUGCAAGGUGGUUAACUUGAUGGACUUUGAUUUUAUUUGCAGUUGAAGAAAUAUCAUAAUAAACAAUUUUUAAUAUCGUUUUCAUUUGUUUAUUUAAGUUACUUUGUCUGAUUUAUAAUGUACCUGAAACCUUGUUCUCCAAAACUGUCGUAAUAGAAAUUCCUCUUGAAACAUGAAUUAUGUAAAUACAUUAAAACCUUUUUUUUUUUUUUUUUUUUUUUUUUUCUUUUUCUUUUUCCUAUUUGAAUUUUAAGUACACUAUUUAAUGCAACAGUUUAUGCACCAUUGUUUUUUUGAACAAUUUUAAACAAAUACGUUGAAGGAUGCAGAUUGUCUUUUUCAAGAUGCUUUGAUCCAACUUGCCCAUAUAUUGAUACCCACAUGACAACAUUUCAGGAGUUGUUGCAAGAAACCGACUCUGAAAACCCCUUUAACUGGGUUUGUUUUACUUCUGAUGUCUUGACUUGUGAUUUAUGCACUCCUCACAAGCAAUAAUGUGACUUACAGGACCUAUGACUAGUGUCUUAAACUCUAUAGCUUGGUUCUGAGAAACGGAUUAGACGAGAACUAGACUUGGUCUGUGCUCAGAAAACCCUCCUGUGUGGUGUUUGAAGGCUGUAAUUUACCUGCGCUUAUGCAGGAACGUCAUGUCGGUCUAAUCCAUGUGUGUCCUCAUCUCAGGUGUGUGUUAGUCUCGUCUCGAGCCAAGUCUUCACCAUCACUUGUGUUUCUAGUGCUGAGAUUUAUUCUGGACUUACUCAGGCAUAUCAAAUCGACUGUAUGCUGCAUUUUUUUAGAAACUCGACGACCAUCCUGCCGCGUCCAUCAAAAUAAUGAAUACUGUUUCAUGCUCAGCAAAACAAACUGACGUCAACCUCUUAGAUGAGUUUGGCUGUACCACCAAGAUGGAUAUUCUCAGGCAUCUCACUGCAUUGGUUUUGGUGGUUUUUGUUUUUGAAUUUAAAGAAAUGGUUCAGAAUAGUUCAUUCAAAAAUGUACAUUUUAGUAAUUCUAUAGGUUCUCAUGGCGUUCCAAUCCUGUAUGACAUUUUCUUUUAUGGAAAAAGAAGUCUGGCAACUUUUCCAUGCAAUUAAAGUGAUGUCAAACUUUAAAAACAGCAUAAAAACAAUAGUCCAUAUGAGUUGUGCUUUUGUAUUUCAAGUCUUUUGAAGCCAUUUGAUAGCUUUGUGACACUUAGGCUUUUUGACACAAGCUAAGCCAGUAGUAGUGCUGACAAUGAUGUGAAAAGAAGAACAGAUUAACCAAAUCAAUCCGCUCCGAUUGAUUCAAACUCGUGAUUUCAAUCAUCCAUUUUAAGCCAUUCGCUAGCAAAAGCUAGAUUAAAUGUAAAAUCCAUUCAUUUUUGAAUUUCCACCGCUUGUAACAAUUUUAAAAACCAUGAAGUGAUCAGUUAAACCAAUGCGUCACAAAAUGAUUCACUGUUUUGAAGCGCUCCAAACGGAUUGUGUAUUGCAAAUCAUUUGUUUCUAAUUGAGAAUUCAAAUCGUGUAUCGUGAAUCAUUUGAUUUAGAUCGGGACUUUGGAGUGUGUUCACGAAUCAUUUGACUUGGAUCGGGACUUCAAAUUGCAUAUCGUGCAUCAUUUGGUUUAGACCAGAGCUUCACGCAUUGUGGAUCAUUUGAUUCAGAUGGGGACUUUACAUAUUGCGACUCAUUUUAUUUGGAUCAAAACUGGUUUGUGAAUCAUUUCGAAUGAAUGGAUCAAAUCAUAUUAUUGCAAUGUGUGAUUUGAAGUCCCAAUCUAAAUCAAAUUAUUCAGAAUAUGCGAAGUUCCAAGCUAAGUCAAAUGAUUUUGCUUUAGAUCGGAAUUUUAAAAUGUGGAUCACAAAUCAUUUGAUAUAGAUCGGAACUUAUGUGUGUUGUGAACCAUUUGAUUCAGAUCGGGACUUUGGAGAGGGUUCGCAAAUCAUUGAUUUUAAAUCUGAACUUUAGAGCGUGGAUCGCAAAGCAUUUCAUUCAGAUCGACUCAGGUUUGUCAAUCGUUUUGCAAAUUGAAUGAUUUAAAUCAAAUGAUUUGCAAUGCGUGAUUUGUAGUCUCGAUUUAAAUCAAAUGAUUUGUGAUGUGUGAAGUUCUGAUCAAAGUCAAAUGAUUUUACUUUAGACCAGAACUUCAGAGCAUGAAUUGCAAAUCAUUUGAUUCAGAUUGGGACUUCGAAGUGGGUUCACGAAUCGUUUGAUUUAGAUUGGAACUUCAGAGUGUGGAUCGCAGAUCAUUUGAUUCAGAAGUUCGGAGUGGGUUUGCAAAUAAUUCAUUUUGGAUCGGAAUUUCACGUAUAGUGAACCAUUUGAUUCCGAGCGAAACGGGCUUGUGAAUCACUUUGCAAAUUGAAUGAUUCAAAUCAAAUGAUUUGCAAUGCGUGAUUUGAAUUCCCGAUCUAAAUCAAAUGAUUUGUGAAGUGUGAAGUUCUGAUCUAAGUCAAAUUAUUUUAGUUUAGACCAGAACUUCGGAGCAUGGAUUGCAAAUCAUUUGAUUCAGAUCGGGACUUCGGAGUGGGUUCGUGAAUCGUUUGAUUUAAAUCGUAACUUUGGAGAAUGGAUCGCAAAUCAUUUGAUUCAGAUCAGAAGUUUGGAGUGGGUUUGCAAAUCAUUUGAUUUAGAUCAAAACGGCUUUGUGAAUUAUUUCGUGAGUUGAAUGAUUCAAAUCAAAUGGUUUGCAAUGCGUUACUUGAAGUCCCGAUCUAAAUCAAAUGAUUUGUGUGAAGUUCUGAUCUAAGUCAAAUGAUUUUACUUUAGACCAAAUAUUUUUAUUUAUCUUACAAUAAAAAAAGUUUAAACUAAAAUUACGAGGGGAAAAAAUACAGCUAAAUAGAAAUAAAAUUAAGCAUGCUUUGUGAGAAACUGUUUAAGCUGAAAAUCAUAGCUGCUUUUAAAUAUAGGCUUUUUUUUUUUUUUUCUUUUUUUU